UUUGUGUUUGACCCGUCAAACACAAUCAUUUCAAAUGCUUGAGACUCGCAUUGCUUUGUGCAGAGGGAACUCUUUUGUCUGUGAGUCUUGAAUCUUGAUUCUUGAAGCUUGAGCUCUAUAAUACAUCAAGGGUUAAGCCCAACUCUCGAUAUUAACGGUUUUCUUGUUAUCUGGUUUUGUUUCCCUUUGAAAAAGCAAAGAGAAGAAACCAUGACCCAAAACCCACUUUACUGUUUAUUCCAUCUUUUUUCAUGUCCCCCUCGGCUGUAUAUAUGAGCCUGACAUUCCCUGUCUGUUGCAUUCAUUCCCAACUCAUCAUUCCAUUUGUAGCUUCCAAUAUCAUUUAUUCUUUUGUUUCUUGCACUUUUCUGCUCCCAUCUCAUCAUCAUCUGCAGAUUGUUCUUUUGUUUUAUAAUCCAUAUCAUCAUCUCCAAUCACUGUUCUUCAUGGAGAGUGUUGAAUUGAAGGUGGAGAUGGUGGGCAUACAUGAGAAAAGACUCAGGAAGUCUCUGUCAAAAUUGAAAGGAAUAGAAAAGGUAGAAGUGGAUGCUAAUAGCCAGAAGGUGGUGGUUACAGGAUAUGCACAUAGAAACAAAAUACUUAAAGCCAUAAGAAGAGGAGGUCUGAAAGCUGAUUUCUGGUCUGCACAAAAUGAACUUCUCAACGCCUAUGCCUGCAGUACAAGCUAUGGAAGCUUGAGAUUCAACAACUUCAACUUCUUCUAAGAGCUCUUUUAUUUUUUUUCUUUUUUCUCUUUAGGUGGGAUGGUAUACCAAGGUUGUGCUUUGUUUUGUGUUUUUUUUUCACAUACUUUUAUUUUUGGGGUUCCUGAUUCUGUUUCUCCCUUCUCUUUUUCAAAGGAACUGUCUCAUGAUGAUACAUGCAUAGAGACUGUAUAAGAGUAAAAUUUCUUCUUUUUAUUUCAUGUCCUUUUCAUUGUAACAUUUACUUUGCUAAAUCCAAGAGAGAAUCAGUUGGAAUGAAGAUCAAAUUUUGUUCUGCCA